AUGUAUGCAAAUCGAGUGCUGCAUGAGAAACUAUUGCUCUCUCUGCUUAUCCCUGUAACUGGCUUCUUCGCAAUCUAUAUUACUCUAACUUUUCAUGUGUUGGUAUUUUCAGAGCUGCUCCAAGUGAUUAAAAAUCAAUUCAUAGUCGUAUUAUUGCAAGCAAUAUACUACACUUUUGGAAUACUGGUGAUCAUCAGCUAUCUGAGGACAGUGCUUACUCAUCCGGGCAGAGUGCCUCGCUAUGACUUUAAAGAGAACAAUAAUUAUUAGCACAUUGGUGAAUAUCAAGGAAACAAUAAUGGAAACUACAACAAUGACUUUGAACUUGAGAAAAAACUGAUUGAUGUGACUAAGAGUGGCCUAAUAGAAAAUUAAAAUAGAGUUCAAAAUAACACAUAGGAUGUGUAGCUUAUAAAUAUCACCAAAACUGACUCCUCAAUAGAUAUCGAUAGUAGGUCUAUACAUGAGAGUUUGAUGUCAAAUCAUAGUAGAAGUGGUUUGGCAAAUACACCACCCUUGCAACAAUAAGCUAAUACUACUCAAAAUAGAUAAAGUAAACAGCUACUAGGGUCAACUACACAAUUGAAGUAUACAGCUCAGUAAUAAACUCACAUGCCAUAUGUUGAGCAUAUUGGACAGAAUAAAGUGGAAUCUCAUUAUGGACAAGAUCUAAACUCCUCUAAACAAAUGUAAAAUUAGAACAAAAGGAGAAGAUUCACUACAGAUGAUACCUAAAUUCAACUUAUGUAAGGCCAAAAUGACAAUGACUGCAAUGAUGAGGAAUGCAAGGAAUAACCUAUGAUCUGUAUCGAAACAUCUAGAUAGCAACCCUACGGUUUGCUGACUACAGAAUUAAAGACAAGUCCAAUGAUGAAGUAAAAUUAUCAAGACUCAAUAGUUGACGAUAUAAAUGCAAUCAAUAGAGACUCUCUUGAUUCAUCCUCGCUGCCAUUCAUAAUGAAAGUGGAGUCAGAGUUUUACUGCUAAAAGUGCGAUUUGUUAAAACCACCAAGGUCUCAUCAUUGUAGCUAGUGUGAUUCCUGCGUGCUUCGAAUGGAUCAUCACUGUCCCUGGGUGGGAAACUGUAUUGGUUAGAGAAACUACAAAUACUUUAUGCAAGUCCAGUUUUAUACAAUAUUGUGCUUGCUGAUGAAUCUAUGCUUUCAUAUAGCCUAUUAAUUUAUGGUUGCUAAUUUCCUCUAGCAAUUUUAGCAACAUGAUAUGCUUUACGCUAUACUUAGAAUUUCCAAUCUUUUGGGAUCUGGAGUGAUACUGAUAUUCCUAAGUUAUCUGUUUGGAUUCCAUUUAUAUAUCACGAGUUUAAAUGUAACCACUAUUGAGUAUAAAUAGGUAAAGGACAUUGAAAAGUAUAGUAGAGGCUCAAUCCUCAGAAAUUUCCAAGCAACUCUUGGGCAAAGUGUAUUACUAUGGUUCUUACCCCUUCAGUCUAAAUAAAAUAUGUGA